AUGGAGGAGAAGGUUCCGACGGUAGGCCAGCUUUCUUCCGGCCUGGUGGGGGAGGAUCCCGAGGCCGGGGUUGAGACCGUUGAUAUCGAAAGGAUCGAGAAGGUCUACAGGAAGCUCGACCACCGAAUCAUCCCAGGCAUGUAUCCACCGGAGCCUCCCUCCCCCACGCCGAACUGA